AUGUUAAAUUUUAUGUUAAAAUUAUUUAUCAAAAACUCUAUUAAUUAAAAACAUAACAAAAAUUAAAAAUAAAUCUUAACGGAAAGAAAGAUUCGAGUAUCAAAGACGUGGCCCCAAAACCCCGAUUAUGAAAUUCUCUCUUAGCUUAAAUUGAUAUAUAAAAAUAUUUUUUAAUUAGAUAAAUCUUUGAGCACACUAAAUCUCCUUUUGAGAAUCUAGCCUCUUGAUGAUUGA